CGGCCUGAGACCCACCGCUCUCGGGCGGCGUCCUCCCGGAGUUCCGGCGCCGCUCUGCAGACUUGCGAGCGUGGGGCCGCCCGGGCGGUGGACGCGGUUAGCUUCGGAGGCUUCACCCCAUGGCCGACAUCACCUGCUAGGUUGGCUGGGACCCCGGCCUUGCAGUCGCCUCGCCACCAGGUUUUCAGAAUAUGGGAAAGAUAUAAUGAAGUUUCUUUGGAAAAUAAAACUGGAAGCUGUUUUAUGCUCUUGUGAAAGUGCUGAGGAUCAAACUCAAGCGUUGGGCAUGUUAGGCACGCACUCCUGAUUAUUGUUCUUAAAACUUAACAGCUAGUUAAAAAGUAUGGAACCUGAAACUGAAGGGCCGCCACCAACAAUCCAAGUGACACCUCUUCAGCAAAUGAUUGCCUCUUGUACUGGAGCUGUAUUGACAUCACUAAUGGUGACACCCCUGGAUGUUGUUAAAAUUCGACUCCAAGCCCAGAACAACCCAUUCCCCAAAGGAAAGUGUUUUAUAUACAAUAAUGGACUCAUGGAUCACAUGUGCGUCUGUGAAGAGGAGAGCAAGAAAGUGUGGUAUAAGAAGCCAGGAAACUUCCAUGGAACAUUGGAUGCCUUUUUAAAAAUUCUUCGAAAUGAGGGCAUAAAAUCCCUAUGGAGUGGUCUCCCUCCUACUCUAGUGAUGGCAAUUCCUGCCACAGUUAUUUAUUUUACCUGCUAUGAACAGUUAAGUGCUUUUCUGAAGACCAAAUUAGGAGAAAACGAAACCCGAAUACCAAUAGUUGCUGGGGUUGUCGCCAGAUUUGGUGCAGUAACAGUGAUAAGUCCAUUAGAAUUGAUCAGAACUAAGAUGCAGUCUAAGAAGUUUUCUUACAAGGAAUUGUAUCAAUUUGUGAGCAUGAGAGUGUCUGAAGAUGGUUGGAUUUCCCUUUGGAAGGGCUGGGCUCCUACGAUUCUCAGAGAUGUGCCUUUCUCAGCAAUGUACUGGUAUAAUUAUGAAAAUUUAAAGAGGUGGCUUUGUGAGAAAUCUGGCUUAUAUGAACCAACAUUUAUGAUCAACUUUACUUCAGGAGCAUUGUCUGGUUCUUUUGCAGCUGUUGCAACUUUACCAUUUGAUGUAGUAAAAACACAGAAACAGACGCAACUGUGGACGGAUGAAUAUUGUAAAUUUCCUGCAUCUUUGGGUAUGUCAACCUGGACUAUAAUGAAGAACAUUGUUGCUGACAAAGGAUUUUCUGGGUUAUUUACAGGUCUAAUUCCUCGAUUAGUUAAAAUUGUUCCUGCUUGUGCCAUUAUGAUCAGUUCAUAUGAAUUAGGAAAGUCAUUCUUCCAGAAGCAAAAUGUUGAAAGUCGGUAAUUCUUAUGAUGGACAUUUGACUUGAAAUAACAACCAGAGCCAAAUAAGAUGAAAAUUUGUAGGCAAGAUGGUUUUUUUCAACAUUAUUAUCUUACAGUAUGACUUUAUGUGCCUUCCCUAUAAUUUAAAUGAAUAAUAAUUUCUAAACCACCUCUAAAUCAUAAUCAUAAUUUGAAUUAUUUAAUUUUUUGAAAUAUUAAAAACAUAAUCCAGAGACUGCAGCCACUUAGUACUCUUGCAAAGAAAGUUGCUUCUUAACAGGACAAGUUUUCUGAGUGCAAAUAUCAUUACACACUUCCUUUUAAAUUAAUGCUGUGAAUGUGGGGCACAUCAGAACUUUUGGACUGUGUACUAAGUAAGCACUGCAAAGUAGCGAGCUAAGUAUAGUCCCACGCAGAUUCAAAUCAGAAGGAUCAACAUUUCAGUAGAGAGGAGAAGAGCUGCCAUGUGGCAUUACUCACAUUCCCCAGAUGGUGCCCGGUAACUUCUUUAAUUCAGGGGCAUUGCAUUCCCUCACUCCUGUUACUGAUUUAAGGCAUCCUGUAGUGGCAUGUAGCAUAGAAUUUCCCUAAUGAAAAGUAUAGCCACUUUAUCUGUGUGAACCAAAGUAUAAUCAUUUACAUGGUGUAAAUGAUUGACAGUUUUAGUGACUAACAACCCUUAUCUAAUAGUUCUGUUGGAGGUAUAUUUUCAGUAGUGACAGUAAAUGUAUAUUUACUAAAUCUGGAUCUGCAGUAGAGAGCCUUGCUGUACUUAGACUAGUGAAAAUAACUAGUUUGGGGCACAGAAAUGGACUGCUUGUAACUAGCUUACCUUCCAAGUGUCAUUGUUUGUAGAGGUCUUUAGGUUAAUUCUACAAUGUUUUCUUUUUUUUUUUUUUUCUUUUGGUUUUUCGAGACAGGGUUUCUCUGUGUAGCCCUGGU